CGUUGACAUCCGGUGAGAUCCAAGAUGGCGGCGUUACGCUGCCCCUGCUGCCGGUGACGGAAGUGCCGCCUCCGCCCUCCUGACGCCUCUCGGGGGACCCUGCGCCGCUGCUUCUCGCCGCCGCUGCCAUGUCUGGGCCCGGCAACAAACGCGCCGCAGGCGACGGGAGCUCAGGGCCUCCAGAGAAGAAAUCGAGCCGCGAGGAGAAGACCACCACCACUCUUAUCGAGCCCAUUCGUCUCGGGGGCAUUUCUUCCACGGAAGAGAUGGAUCUGAAAGUUCUGCAGUUCAAGAACAAAAAGUUGGCAGAGCGGUUGGAACAGCGACAGGCUUGUGAAGAUGAACUGCGAGAACGAAUUGAGAAGUUGGAGAAACGGCAGGCCACAGAUGAUGCCACACUCCUCAUCGUCAACCGCUACUGGGCCCAGCUGGAUGAAACUGUGGAAGCCCUUCUCCGAUGUCAUGAGAACCAGGGGGAGCCAGGGAUAGAGGCCCCUGGGACCCAGGAGGGGCCAACACGUGAUGGGACCCCUCUCACAGAGCCAGGGACGUCGGACCUGAGGGAGCCCCUGCCGAUGCAACUGCGGCCCCCUCUCAGUGAGCCAGCCUUGGCUUUUGUGGUGGCACUGGGUGCCAGCAGCAGUGAGGAGGUGGAGCUGCAGCUACAGGGCCGCAUGGAGUUCUCCAAGGCAGCUGUGUCCCAUGUGGUAGAGGCCUCAGACCGCCUACAACGCCGGGUGGAGGAACUCUGUCAGCGAGUAUACAGCCAAGGAGACAGUGAGCCCCCCAGUGAGGCGGCUCGGGCACGUACCCGGGAGCUGGGCCGUGAGAACCGGCGGUUACAGGACUUGGCCACCCAGCUACAGGAGAAGCACCAUCGCAUCUCAUUGGAGUACUCUGAGCUCCAGGAUAAAGUGACAUCAGCGGAGACCAAAGUGCUAGAGAUGGAGACAACGGUGGAGGACCUGCAGUGGGACAUUGAGAAGCUGCGUAAGCGAGAGCAGAAGCUCAAUAAGCACUUAGCAGAGGCCUUGGAGCAGCUUAACUCUGGCUACUAUGUGUCUGGAAGCUCGUCAGGCUUCCAGGGGGGCCAGAUCACACUUAGCAUGCAGAAGUUUGAGAUGCUGAAUGCAGAGUUGGAGGAAAACCAGGAAUUGGCCAACAGCCGCAUGGCAGAGCUAGAGAAGCUGCAGGCAGAACUUCAGGGGGCUGUGAGGACCAAUGAGCGCCUCAAGGUGGCCCUGCGGAGCCUUCCCGAGGAGGUGGUGCGGGAGACAGGGGAGUACCGCAUGCUGCAGGCCCAGUUCUCACUGCUCUACAAUGAGUCUCUGCAAGUGAAGACCCAGCUGGAUGAGGCCCGGGGGCUGCUGCUGGCCACCAAGAACUCCCACCUGCGACACAUCGAGCACAUGGAGAGUGACGAGCUGGGGCUGCAGAAGAAGCUGCGCACGGAGGUUAUCCAGCUGGAGGAUACGCUGGCCCAGGUACGCAAGGAGUACGAGAUGCUGCGCAUCGAGUUUGAACAGAACCUGGCAGCCAACGAGCAGGCGGGGCCCAUCAACCGAGAGAUGCGCCACCUGAUUAGCAGCCUCCAGAAUCACAACCACCAGCUCAAGGGGGAUGCCCAGCGAUACAAGAGGAAGCUUCGAGAGGUGCAGGCUGAGAUUGGCAAGCUCCGGGCCCAGGCCAGUGGCUCUACCCACUCCAUCCCCAGUGUGGGCCACCCAGAAGACUCUGGCUUCAGUGCCCCAGCCCCAGGGAAAGAAGAGAGCGGGACAGGCCCUGUUGGUACUCCUGACAGCAGAAAGGAGAUGGCUUCUGUGCCUGGCACUACCACUGCUACCUGCUCAGUGAAGAAGGAGGAGCUGGUCCCCUCUGAAGAGGAUGCCCAAGCCCUAAUCCCUGGGGCCCAGGGCCCCUCCUCCCGGGGCCGAGAACCUGAGGCCAGGCCUAAGCGGGAGCUUCGGGAACGGGAAGGGCCUGGUGUGGGACCCCCACCUGUAGCCUCGGCUCUCUCAAGGGUUGAUCGGGAGAAGGCCAAGGUGGAGGAGGCCAAGAGGAAGGAGUCGGAACUCCUUAAGGGUCUCCGAGCAGAGCUCAAGAAGGCCCAGGAAAGCCAGAAGGAGAUGAAACUGCUGCUGGACAUGUACAAGUCAGCGCCCAAGGAGCAGCGGGAUAAAGUGCAGCUCAUGGCAGCUGAACGCAAGGCCAAGGCUGAGGUUGAUGAGCUACGGAGCCGUAUCCGGGAAUUGGAGGAGAGAGAUCGAAGGGAGAGCAAGAAGAUUGCUGAUGAGGAUGCCUUGCGGCGCAUUCGGCAGGCAGAGGAGCAGAUAGAACACCUGCAGCGCAAGUUGGGUGCCACCAAGCAGGAGGAGGAAGCUCUCCUGUCAGAGAUGGAUGUGACAGGUCAGGCUUUUGAGGACAUGCAGGAGCAGAAUGGGCGGCUGUUACAGCAGUUACGGGAAAAGGACGAUGCCAACUUUAAGCUGAUGUCAGAGCGCAUCAAAGCCAACCAGAUUCACAAGCUGCUGCGGGAGGAGAAGGAUGAGCUGGGCGAGCAAGUUCUUGGCCUCAAGUCACAGGUGGAUGCCCAGCUGUUGACCGUUCAGAAGCUGGAGGACAAGGAACGGGCCUUGCAGGGCAGCCUUGGUGGUGUGGAGAAGGAGCUGACGCUGCGCAGCCAAGCCCUGGAGCUCAAUAAGAGGAAGGCUGUGGAAGCAGCCCAGCUGGCUGAGGACCUUAAGGUGCAGCUGGAGCAUGUACAGACUCGUCUGCGGGAGAUCCAGCCCUGCCUGGCAGAGAGCCGGGCUGCUCGCGAGAAAGAAAGCUUCAACCUCAAGAGGGCUCAGGAGGACAUUUCACGGCUGCGGCGCAAGCUGGAGAAGCAGAGGAAAGUGGAGGUUUAUGCAGACGCUGACGAAAUCCUCCAGGAGGAGAUCAAGGAGUACAAGGCGCGGUUGACCUGCCCUUGCUGUAACACCCGCAAGAAGGAUGCAGUCCUUACCAAGUGCUUCCACGUUUUCUGCUUCGAGUGUGUGCGGGGCCGCUAUGAGGCCCGCCAGAGGAAGUGCCCCAAGUGCAACGCAGCCUUUGGUGCCCAUGACUUCCACCGUGUCUACAUCAGCUGAACCCGAAACUCAGGGACUUUGGAUCACCCAUGGACCCUGGGGGCUGUGCCCCCAGCCCCUUCCUACUCCAGGUCCAGUGGCCCUAUCCUCCAUUCUGGACCCCAUGUGCCCAGCCCCGGCCCUCCUAGUUGGUUUGGGGGCUCUGGUACAUGCUAGUGGGAGUGGGAUCAGCCAAGCCCAGUUCCAUCUUUUCCUGAAGGUCAGAGCUGUGUGCUAGGGGACACCCACCCCUAUAGGAAAGGUCUGCCAUGGGAGGCCAAUGGGCCCAGAGCACUCAACUGAGCUUCCCAGAAGCUGGCCCCAACCUUUCUCCUCCUGUCUCCGUGGACCCAUCCUAUCCCUAAGGGGAUAUUCCCCAGGCUGUGAACUCCCACACAAAAGGAGGCUAACUACCUGCCUACAUACCCAGAAGUGAGGAUCAGGGCUGAGCCAGGUCCUCAGCUUCUUGCUGACUGGGCCCUGGGGCCCAGGUAGAUUUUCUUCACCUGCCCCCACCCCCCCAGGCCUGGGCAAGGCUUCUGUCCUGUGGCCUACCGUAGACACUUAGGUCUGGCUCAUGUGCUAAGGGCUGAAGGAGAUACCCCCUGGGGGGCACCACCUGCUUCCUCUGGGAAGCUGUAUAGUUGCAGUCACCAUCCUCAUCUUAGGAAUACAGAACCAAGAUCAUCAGUUUCUAAUCAGGCCCCUCCCCAAUCUCUGUGUCCACUUAUCCCCACCUCAUGCAUCCCAAGGCUCCACUGGAUCCCUGGCACUAAUCCUGCUUUCAUCCUGGUGGCCUUAACUGCAGUGGAGGUGGAACUUCCCAGGAGAGGAAGGGACAGACCAGCCCCAGCCACUGGGCCAACUUCCGAUCAUUCCAGGUAGAAGAGCUUCACCCAACACCCUGUGACUGAGCCUGUCCCUACAAUGCCUCCUGUGCUGCCAGCCCAAGCAAAGGCUUGGGCUGUGAAGGCAGCACCCAGAGAGGCCUGGGAAGUGGAGCUGCUAACAGGUGCAGGGGCUUAUUUGGACCCACAGCCUCUGCUCUAGAAAUGUCUUGUAUAGGCUAAUUGUUACGAAUAAACAUCCAACCCUUGGCCUAGG